UUUAAAAUGUUUCCAGGAAAGAUGAGCAACUCGUUACUGGUUUAUAUAUCAUAAAUGAUUAUUUGUGAUUGUUAUAUAUUCUUUGUAUAUUAUUUAGCCUGUGAACAAUGAAUACUUCACUCCGGAAAGAAACUCUAACAGGAAUGAAAUAAACAUCCAAAAUAUCAAGAAAGAAGAAAUAAAGGAGAAUUGUGAUGUAAAACAUGGAAUAAAAUCAGAAUGUAAAGUUGAUUUGAAAAAAUUGAAAAUUGAAGUAAAAACUGAAGAUUAUAAAGAAGAUGUUCAUCUCCUAGAUGAUAAUGAAAACGUAUUUCCUGUCAACAAUGAAUUCUGCACUGUGGACGGAAACUUUAACUGGGAUGAAAUGAACAUCCAAAUUCAGGAGGAAGAGCACAUUCAGGAAUUCGAUAUUCACCAAAAUUCAGAAAAAGAAAAAAGUUUUAAAUAUAAUAUCAGAACAAAGAGGAACGUUCCUUCGAACAGAAAAUGGAAUAAAAUUCAUGAUAAGAUUAAAAGAAAAUAUUUCAAGCUGAUGUUCGCAUUUUAUUCUAAACAAGAAUUUACGUGUGAAUUAUGUAAACAGACAUUUACAAAUAAGAGAAUAUUAGAAACACAUCUGUUCUGUCAUAUCAGAAAAAAACCAUUUUGCUGCACAAACUGCAAUGAGAAGUUUUUGUGGCAAUUUCUUUUGCGAAGUCACAUGAAAGAACACCAAACUGAAAAUAAAAACGAAAUCUCUCAUAUGAAUUUACGUUUGCAGCCAUUUGGAAAUCGAGUGAAGUCAUCUCUAAGAAAUAGUAAAAAAUCUAAAAUCCAGAGGAAAAACGACAUUUGUGGUAGACGCGUUCAAUAUGGUGAAAGCUGUUUAGAGAUACAGAAGAGAAUACACAAAGUUCAUGACUGUAAAAUAUGUGGAAAACAAUUUAGAUGGAAAUGCCUAUUGUUACGUCAUGGAGCACGACAUAAUGAAGAACGUCCUUUCAAAUGCGAUAUUUGUAAUAAGGGUUUUAAAAGCAAAAUAGAAGUAAAAAUUCAUCAAGAAACUCAUAGUGAAGAACGUCCUUACAAAUGCGAUAUUUGUAAUAAGGAUUUUAAAAGGAAAGGGGAACUAAAAAUGCAUCAAAGAACUCAUAGUGAUAAACGUCCUUUCAAAUGCGAUAUUUGUAAUAAGGGUUUUAAAAGCAAAAUGGAAGUAAAAAUUCAUCAAGAAACUCAUAGUGAAGAACGUCCUUUUAAAUGCGAUAUUUGUAAUAAGGAUUUUAAAAGGAAAGGGGAACUAAAAAUGCAUCAAGUAACUCAUAGUGAAGAACGUCCUUUCAAAUGCGAUAUUUGUAAAAAAAGUUUUUAUCAGAAAAAACAACUAAAACGCCAUCAAAUUUAUCAUAGUGAAGAACGUCCUUUCAAAUGCGAUAUUUGUAAUAAGGGUUUCCAAAGCAAAAAGCAACUAAAAAGCCAUCAAGAAACUCACAGUGAAGAACGUCCUUUUAAAUGCGAUAUUUGUAAUAAGAGUUUCAAAUUGAAAACGCAACUAAAAAACCAUCAGCAAACUCACAGUGAAGAACGUCCUUUCAAAUGCGAUAUUUGUAAUAAGUGUUUUAAACGGAAAGAUAGUCUAAAAAGCCAUCAAAAUAAUCAUAGUGAAGAACGUCCUUUCAAAUGCGAAAUUUGUAAUAAGGGUUUUAAACGGAAAUAUGGUCUAAAAAGCCAUCAAAAUAUUCAUAGUGAAGAACCUCUUUUCAAAUGCGAUAUUUGUAAUAAAGGUUUCAAAUGGAAAGAGAAUUUAAAAAACCAUCGAAAUAUUCAUAGUGAAGAACGUCCUUUCAAAUGCGAUAUUUGUAAUAAGAGUUUUAAAUGGAAAGAUUUACUAAGAACCCAUCAAGUUAUUCAUAGUGAAGAACGUUCUUUCAAAUGCGAUAUUUGUAAUAAAGGUUUUAAACGGAAACAAUUAUUACAAAGCCAUCAGAAAACUCACAGUGAAGAACGUCCUUUUAAAUGCGAAAUUUGUAAUAAGGGUUUUAAUCACAAAGGUGUACUAAAAACUCAUCAAAAUAUUCAUAGUGAAGAAUCUCCUUUCAAAUGCGAUAUUUGUAAUAAGGGUUUCAAAUGGAAAUGGCAACUAAAACCCCAUCAUAAAACUCAUACUGAUGAACGUAACUAUUCUUCUUAGGUAUGUAAGAAAAGGUUUAUAAUCAAAAUGUUUGAUAAAAAAAUGUUUGAUAGCUCAUAAAAUCGUUUAUAAUGAGAAAUUCAACCAUACUUGUGAUAGGCCUAUAUGUAACAAAUAUUUUAAAACAGAACAUUAUUUGGCAUGUCGUGAAGUAGUUAAUAAUCAAUUUGAUCAUACGUAAUACGUACAACUUCCAACGUGUUGAAGGUGUCACGUGCUACAUCUCACACUCUGGCGUCAAAUUGGUAGUUUUGAGUUUUAACUUACGUGCUUUCCUGUCUCAUUAUGUGAGUUGCAACUCACGUUGAGUCGAGCAUGUGAUAUCGCUGCACGAAAGUGAAAAUGGCUGACGGAUACGCAAUUUUUUUCGCUAUAGAAGAAUUAGAAAGAGCCGAAAGACGUCGUUUGAGAAGGCAACGAAUUUUUACGACCAGGAGUAAUGCCACUUUUUUUCAUGUCAAGUCAAUACUGUACUAAUAAAAAAAAUUUAUUCAUAAUUGAUAAAAUUAUACAG